ACCUCAGACGUUUCCCACCGGAAACAGGAUCGCUGUCAAAUCAAGCUGUCAGCCGCGUCGCCUCAAAAUCGCUCCGAUCUGUCAGUGCAAACCUUUUCGGCCUCUCUCUUUUCCGGCCUGUACGGUAGUUCUGUGAACACAUUUUUAUCGAGGCCCCACCGUAGCCUAAGAAUCUAUCAAGAUGGUGAAGGGAAAUCAUAUGAUUUCAAAUGGUCACUUCCACAAGUACUGGCAGCGGCACAUUCGGACCUGGUUCAACCAGCCCGCCCGCAAAAUUCGCAGGCGCCAGAACCGUAUCAAGAAGGCCAAAGCCGUGUUCCCGCGCCCAGCUGCCGGACCUCUGCGCCCGGUUGUCCGUUGUCCAUCCCAGCGCUACAACACCAAGAUUCGUCCCGGACGCGGUUUCACUCUCGCUGAAUUGAAGGCUGCUGGUCUGACCAAGGGAUUCGCCCAGACCAUCGGCAUUGCUGUCGAUCCCCGUCGUCAGAACAAAUCCGUUGAAAGCCGACAGAAGAACAUUCAACGCCUGAAGGAAUACCGCAGCAAGCUGAUUCUGUUCCCGGUUCACGAGAAGAAGAAGCCACGAAAGGGCGAGGCCACCGAAGAGCAACGCAAGCUGGCCACACAGCUGCGCGGACCAGUCAUGCCGAUUGUGAACGAGAAGCCGGAAGUUGAGUACCGUGCGAUCACCGAGAAGGAGAAGAAGUUCUCUGCCUUCCUUGCUGUUCGCCAGGCUCGUCUGCACGCUCGUCACUUCGGUGCCCGCGCCAAGAAGGCUAAGGAAGCCACGGAACAGGAGAACAACGCUCCCGGUGCCGAUAAGAAGGGCAAGAAGUAAACGGCCUAUUGAUGACCGUCUGAUUUAGGUUUGUACAAUUUCAAGGAUAAUUGUUUUCUUGUGUAAGUGAUGAGAUGAGCGGAGGGUGGAGUAAUAAAACCUAUUGGAGAUAUUAUUCCAAUUCCUGGA